ACGCACCUUAAAAAGAUAAAAGUUACUAUUUAUAGAUUGUAUAUUUUGGGUAUAAAUAUAUUUAAUAAGGAAACGGAGCAUAACAUAGAAAAUGUAAACUAUAAGGACAAGUAAAAUGGAAAUAUGAAUUCAAGUAAUCACCACGGUGACAAUUCUAAACCGAGAGAAUAUAAAAUUGUCAUUUUAGGCGAUGGUGGAAUCGGAAAAAGUGCUCUUGUGAUACAGUUUGUAUACCACAGAUUUCUUGACUACCAUGAUCCAACAAUAGAGGAUUCAUAUCAGAAACAGGCCAGGAUAGAUGGAGAGCCAGCUCUGUUGGAUAUUCUAGAUACGGCUGGACAGCCUGAAUUUAACACAAUGAGGGAACAGUAUAUGAGAAAAGGAGAAGGUUUUAUAUUAUGUUAUUCUAUUACUGAUAGGAGAAGUUAUGAUGAAAUGUUAACUUAUAAGAAACUGAUCAAUCAAGUGAGGUGUAGAGAUGAUAUACCAGUUAUUCUAGUCGGAAACAAAUGUGAUCUUCAUGAAAAGAGAAAGGUUACACCAGAUGAAGGGAUUGCUUUAUCUCAUCAAUUUAAGUGUCCAUUUUAUGAAACUUCAGCAGUUACAAGACAGUGUGUAGAUGACAUAUUUCUCUCACUUAUAAGAGAGAUUCGAAAUGUAGAGAGGGAAAAUUCUGAUGACAAACCAAAGGAGCACAGACGUGGGAAAGGACUUAGAACAUUCAUCAAAAAGUUAAACCCAUUCAAACAGACCCGUCAAUCAUAGUCAGCUUCAAUAAUAAGUCAUGCAUUUAUACAAGAAGGUUAUAAUAUAUACAUUUACUUCAUAUCAAAAAGGGUAGUUACUCAAUAGACUGUUCAUUUAAUGUCAGACUUAUUUUAACGAAACCUUACUUAUUGACCUUUCUAACUGACAGUCAGGGGUGCAACAAGUAACUUUUAUUUACUAGAAGUAAAAAAGAUAUAAACAAUAUAAGUUAAUUUGUAGGAUACUUAUACAAGUGAAUUUUAUUUACUUGUAAAGUUAAAAAAAAUAUUGGCUUAGUUAUGUCCCUUAGACAUUCAGGUUAUUUUACUUGUAUAAGUAAAAAAGUCAUCCUAUCUUCUUUUCUUGAAUAUAGUUCCUAGGAUUUUAAAUUGUCUGCCCUUUGCAGAUGUCUUUGAAAAUACUUUAGAUCUUUGCGCAAUCAGUUUCUUUGUUGAACUAAUGAGAUGAUACAUUGAACUCUAAUAAAAAAUUAUGAGCUAACCUGGGAAAAAUCAUUUAAGGCAUGAUUUUUUUUAUCUCAAAACUUUUUGUGGGAUUGUAAGAAAAAUGUACUUACACAAGUGAAUUUUCUAGAAAAUUAAGGGGAGAUUAUUCAAACAUUAUAAUUUACUUAUAUGUGUACAUUUUAUUUUACUUCUUCAAGUAAAUGAAAAAUUACUUGUACAAGUAGUACCUCUGACUGGCUGAUGUGGCACUUUACUCCUAGUUUUAUGAAUAUACAGAACAACAAUUUUUGGACAAAAUAGAAAAAGGAUAAAAAAUGAUAAUACAAAAUGGGAGGCUGAUCUUUCCAUUGGUGCUUUUCAUGUAAAUUCUACCACCACUUACAUGUUAAAUAGAAAGAAAUGAAUUCAGGCUUCGUUUUAUGUCUUGAAUUAACUAUAUUUAUAAUAAAAAUGGGAAAAAAACAUCUUGGACAAGCACAAAAAUAAGUCAAGGAAAAAGGACUACAUCAUGUACAGAAGGAUGAAUGAUUGAGUAAUAUGAAUUCAUACAGAUUUUGUGGUGAUCAUAAGAAGGGUAAACAGUUUCUGCUUUACUCUAACACAUGCUGUGUCACAGAGUUAAUUAUAUGGAUGAGUCAUUUCAAAUGUUAACUCGUCAUACAAGGAAUAAAAGGCCACAUACACAUUAAACUAAUUUCUGAAUGACAAAAUUCUACAUGUACUUACAAAUUAUUGCGAACCCAAAAAAGUUUACCACAGAUUCACCUGAUAGUUACGUAUCCAUUUAGACUUUCGGCAGUUCAUUUGUCCCAUUGAACAAAUACAACAACUAUUGUUCUCUUUUUACUUUAUUUACUGGGACCUUUAAUUUUUCUAAAAGAAAUCUAUCACUCAUUGAUUUAUCUACCCGAGUUAAAACAUUAUCUGCUAAAUAAAUAGAAUAGGUAAUUGGUACAUUGUAAAUAUCAGGUCAAUCUGUGGUAAACCUUCAUUGGGUUCCCAAUUACAUGAAAUCUAUGUGAUGUUGGUUAUACUUUUUUUUUGUUAUUUACGUUAUUUCAGUUAUCAUGGUUAAUAAUGCAGAAUAUUUCUUGUAUGUAAAUGACAAGUUUUGUAUAUUUCGAUUUGUGAUCAUUUUGCUUUUUUUCCCCCAUUAAUAAGCAGAAAAUGAGUAACAUCAACUAAAGCUUUCAAUAUAUGUCUUGUUAUAUAAUUCAUAGCAAUUUGAGUUUUGAGCUUUGGUGGUAGUAUUACAUGUUAUUAUUGUAUACUUUGAGUUCAGAGUUCAUAGGAUAUUUUUAAUUCAAAAUAUGUAAAUUUUAGACAUGAUAUAUAAACAUCAGACUUAUUAAACCACACAUUUUGACCUUUGUUUGUUAUUUUGUAUUAAAGCAUUUACAAUCAAAUUAAUUAAUCUAGCAAUGUUGUUAGCUAUGACCAUGAUCAAAGAGUUAUAUUAAAAAACAUGAUAAAUGUACUUAUUUAAUUGUGUGUACACCAUGUUGACAGUUAUUUUCUAGUGUUUUUGGAAAUUAAUCCUUAAUUGUUUAAGUAUAAAAGCAAUUUCAAAUUUUCUACAUCAAUCUGAACAUUUGGGUUUUAUUUAAGGGGUAGAAAAAUGAAAUAUAAAUAUGGGGUCACUGUUCAUUUAAGCUCACAAUCUGUCUUCAAAAGUAGCAUGCAUUUUUGUUUAGGUAAAUUUUUUUCUGUUGAACUGAUAGAAGAAAAACGGUAAUAUCAAUAUAAAAAAAGAAAUAAAUUACAUUUGAAUUUUAAAAUAGUUUGGUUUAUAAUAAAAAAUAAAGGUUACAGAUGAGUUAAAAAGAUAUUUCAAUUUUAAUGCAAAAAAAUGGCAGUUUUUCAACCAAAGGGAGAUAAUUUGGAGCUUUUUCAAUGAUAUAAACAUUUAUUAUAUAUAAAAGUUAUUCUGAUUUUAUUGUUGAUUUUUGUAAUUGUGUCAUGCAAUUAGAAGUUAUGUCUGAGGUGAGAAUUUUAAACAUUAAGAGAAACAUUUAUAAAGCUGAAACAUUAAUAAUGAAUUGUAAAAUCAAUUAUGUCAAAAGUUCCAGAAUAAAAGAUCACAUUAAUUUAUUAACAAAUAAAAUAUUGUAAAGGUAUUAUAGGAAUAGAGUAAAAAAAUAAAAAUGGUAGAAUGUUAUACAGCUGUCAAACAAAUAAAAUACAAAACGACGGAAAAGUCAAAGGAAAGGAAUAAGAAAUUUUGAAAUUUUCAUUGGAAAUGAAAACAUAAGAACUUAAACUUUAUUUAGAUGUACUUAAUCCAGUCAUUGUCAAUUUAUUCUGAAGAAAGUAGUAAAUCAUGUACAAUACAAUGGGUUUUUGUUUUUAACCAGAACUGUUAUGAAAGUAUUAGAUUUUAAGGCUUGAAAAGUAUACAUAGAACACAGUAUUAUGGUUAUGCUAAUUAUUAUGAUUUAUAUAAAAUAGGAAGCCAUGUGUUAAUGUUCAUAUGUUUGAGUUUCCAUUAUUAUAUACUGUGGAUUCAUUUAUUUUCGUGGGUACCAAUUUUCGUGGAUUAAGGAAAACUUGCAUGUUCGUGGAUAUUAAGUUUCAUGGUUUUGCAUAAGUCUUCAUACAAGGCUAUAGACAAUUUGUCAUACUUUGAACUUUUAAUUUUGUUGUUAAAAUGUACUCACGAAAUCCAUGAAAAUUGUUAUUUAACGAAUAAUAAUGAUUAAUCCACAGUAGUUGUUUGUAAUGAUUUUUUAUAAAUUUAAUGUUUACAAAUUUUUGAUUUUUUUGAAAAACUAAGGCUUUCUUACCUCAGGCAUAGAUUACCUUAGCUGUAUUUGGCAAAACUUUUAGUAAUUUUUGUCCUCAAGGCUCUUCAACUUCCUACUUUAAUUGACCUUUUUAACUUUUUUGCAUUUGAGUGUCACUGAUGAGUCUUUUGUAGACCAAACUUACCAUCUUAUCUUGAUGUAUACUAUUUUUUCAAUGUUGUAUUAUCAUCUGUUUAGAAAAAAAUCAUGGUCAAAAUGAUAAGUCAUGGUCUAUAGAUUUGAAAAGUUAAAUUGAGAAAGGAAAUGGGGAAUGUGUCAAAGCGACAACAACUCGACAACAUUGUAUUAGUUUGUGAUAAGGUCAGUUCAAGGGGAACUAUUAGUGGUAGGCCAAUGUUAAUUGGUAUUCAGUUGUAUAAGCAUUAGCACAUGUCUUUUUCAUGGAGAAUAUUUGGCCCCACCUCCUCAGUCAUGGUCUAUUGACUUUGACACUUUUGCUUAGAUUACAUGAACAUGCAUUAGUUUGUGAUCAGAUUAAGAUGAAUUGCAUAUGUUAAGUCAAUGAUAUUUGAUAUGUUAAUUUAUUGGCAUUUGCAUGCAUCAUUUCUAUGGAGAUUAUAUUGGGCCACCCUCUCUUCAUGGUUCAUUGACUUUGAAAGUUUUACUUGGUUUACAAGUUAAUGUUUGUGUUUAGGUUUGUUUAAAGGGAACAACUUAUAGUAAGUAAUUGGUAUGCAGUUGUAUUAGCAUUGUCACAUCUCAUUUACAUGGAGAUUGUUUAGCAAGGUACCUCAUUCAUGGUUCAUUGACUUUGUUACAUGUUAAAGUAUUGCUAUUUUAAUUUCAACAUUUGCAUAAUCAAUUCAUAAAGAGGUGAGAUAUAUCUCUGUGAAAACAGUUUAUUAUAUUACUGUCUGUUAACCUUAUUUCAUGUUGUGAAUUUUAUACAAAGUUCCUUCCACUGUUUGAAUUUGUGGAAUACUUUUGGGAAGUCUAUCUGAAGUCAAGAUGAAUUUUAGUGCUAAUGGUUACUUACUGUAAAAAUAAUUUUUAGUUGAAAAAUUUUGAUUUACUUUUCCAUAACAGAUUGCUUGUGCAAUACAUGUAUUUCCUUUACGUUUUUUGUGCCGCCUGCAACUUUUGAUGCAAAAGCGAGACAUAGUAUUCCUGCAUUCUGUCAUUCAGGUAGACGACUUCCUCAAAUAUUCAGUCUAUGGUUAAUGUUUUUAAUAACUUUCUUAAACUAUUCUGGAUUUCUACCAAACUUGGACAGAAGAUUGUUUAUGAUCAUUAGAUAGUAUCCAGAAGUAAAAGUAAAUAUUUUUAAAUCCUGUUGAUCCGUAUUUUACUUAUUUAUAAAUGGACUUAGUUUUACUGGCAGUUAACAUUGCAUUCAAUAAGGGUUAAAGUUCUAAACAUUUUAAUAACUAUUUUAAACAAUUUCUUGGAAGGAGGAAAUGUUAAAAGCGUUUCUUUAAUAUAAGCAAUGAAAACUGACAGUUAAAUUUGCCUUUCAGGUUUCUUUUGAAAAAAAAAGGAAAACAUUGUUUUGUUGACACUUUGUAAUAAAAUACAGUGCCUUGUUUGAGUUUUAGUUAAUGUUAGUCUUAAAAUAUUGUUCUUUUUUCUGUUUAGAUAUUUUUGUGCAAUAGUAUUCUAUUUAUUUAACAAAUUUUGUUCAAUAAAAAGUAUUUAAAAUAAA